AUGACAACGCUUUCCAUACUCCACUUUAAUGAUGUUUAUCGAGUUACACCGCAAAAGUUGUCGCCGUCAUCUGCAGGGACGUUUGACGUAACACAAUUUUCAGCUCUCUUGGAUGAUCUCCGCAACUCACCUGGCUGGGGAGAGAAUGGCCUCACCUUGUUUUCUGGCGAUGUUUUUUCGCCGUCUCUUGAAAGUUCAGUUACUCGAGGAAGUCAUAUGGUCCCGGUCAUGAACCAGCUCGGCGUCGACGUUUCCCUUACUGGAAACCAUGACUUUGACUUUGGGUAUCCUCAUCUUUCAAAGUUGGUGGACGACACCGCAUUUCCUUGGAUUCUAAGUAAUAUCGCCGAUCGCGCUACGUCUCGGCCCCCUAAGCCUUUCAACGAAUUCAUUGUCUUCGAUCGUGCAGGGGUUCGUGUGGGCAUCAUUGGGCUGGUCGAGAAGGAGUGGAUUGCCACUGUCGCAUCAUGGCCGUCCAAUUUCGUCUUCAAAUCGAUGGCUGAAACGGGGAUCGAGCUCUCCAGACUGCUUCGGGAUCCAAACGGAGAAUACAAAUGCGAUAUCAUCAUCGCUUUGACACACUGUCGGGUACCAAAUGAUGUUGCUCUUGCGAAGGAUUUGCUGGCAUUAUCCCCUGCAGCGCAACAAACUACACAUUUACAUGAUCAGCAUGGCGUAGACCUCAUUUUGGGUGGACAUGACCAUCUUUACUACGUCAGUCGGGGUGUAACCACUUGGGAUAAUUAUGAUCUCACACAGACGGUUCUCGGAGCCGAAUUGGACCUUGGAGACAUUUUGGUCGUGAAGAGUGGGUCAGACUUCCGGGAUUUCAGCGAGCUGGAGCUUGUCCUUCAACGCACUCCGCAGGGAAGCGUUCGGAACCAAGUCAUUUGUGAAAUUGCAGGCAAGAGACACACCGUUGAAGCUGAUACUAGAUCAUCAAAGGCCAUGACAAAUUUGCUCAAGACAUUGUUGUCGUCCGUGUCAUCAACACUUAAGGCACCGGUUUGUAAGGCGGCAGUAACGCUUGAUCUUCGGUCUUACUACAUUCGUACGGCGGAGUCUCCGGCUGCCAAUUGGUUUGCGGAUGUAGUUCGACAUGCGUACGAUGAUGCUUUAUGCGUGGGGGGUUGCGGGGGUGCUGAUGGCGUUUUGAUUUGUGCCGGAACAUUAAGAGGAGAUUCUACUUAUGGUCCAGGUCCCAUUACGCUCGGUGAUAUUCUCGAGAUUCUACCAUUCGAGGAUCCUAUUCUUGUUGUUGAACUUGACGGCGCAACAUUAUGGGAUGCAAUCGAAAGUUCCCUUGGGAUGUGGCCUGCCCAGGAGGGGCGAUUUCCUGUAGUUUCAGGCUUGCGAAUCUCAUGGGACUCUCGUCGACAACCUGGUGAACGUGUUAUUGGGAUUUGGUUACUUUUAGAAGGAGAAAAUGGCCAUAAUAAUGAGAAUGGAGUCCACCUCAAUCUGGAACCUGUCUUGCGUGUCAAGGGAGGCAGGAAAUACAAGAUUGUUACACGAGAAUACAUGGCGGAUGGGCAUGAUGGCUAUGAGGCGCUUCGGGGCAGCCGUCAACUUAUUGAUCAUGAAUCCGGCGAUUUGAUGAGCAGUAUUAUGCGUCGAUAUCUUCUGGGUUCCCAUUUCGUGAACAAGAUGAUACGCUUGAAAGAUCAUUCACACCUCAUUCAGUCCCGAACAAAGGCCGCCAUUUCUCAAGAGCAGUCAAGGCGGAAUAAAGUUCAAGAACAACUUAAGGAGCCGACCAAAGCGAAAAAACAAUGGGAGCGCGCAAUCAACAUGGUCAUUUAUCGCACUAAAUCUCACUAUUGUGAUCAGCUGGCUGUCUGUUCCGCUGAGCAUAUGAGCUCUGUGGAUGCCUAUGAUGGCAAUAGCGCACGGAAGGGACAAGAAAAUAUCUACCAGCCACAGGAAGGAGAUGAGGAUUUGCUUGUGAUAUCCCCAACGAUUGACGAUCGAUUGAAGGACGAAGCUCGAGACUGA